AUGCCCACUACAAAAGGUCAUAAGAUUCAAAAGAGGAGCAAGCUGAAAUUUUGUCGUAAAGCUCGGUUAUCUAAAGCCAAGCAAUUGGAUUCGUCUCGUCCAACUCGUUCAUCAUCAUCGUCGUCAUCUGAAUUAUCGAAUAGUGUUGAAGAACUAUUCAUUAAUUCAUUAAAUUUGACAACAGCCUCAUCAUCUUCAAACAGUACAUUAUAUAACUUAUGCACUUCACAACAAAAAAUAAUGGCAUAUGAAAGAAGAAAAAAUAAUGCAAUAGCUGAUAGUGAUGAAAUGGAUUUUUAUCAAGUAAUCCACAACAGCUUUUUAUUAGAAUUGAUGAGAAAUACAAUAUGUAUUGGAUGUGAAGAAAAAUGGAAUGGGAAAAUGCAUAUUACUUCUUUUCUAGGUGCCUAUCUGUCAGGAAUUGGCCAUGCUGGUGUAGCUAAAAUAUUUGGGGCGAUGAAUGUACCUCCACCAGUACAAGAAGAUCACUAUGAAGAAAUUGAUAGAAGGCUUUUAUUACCGUGUAUCAAAAAAUUUCAACAUCAAUCAAUGCAAGCUGCUAUUUAUGAAGCUGUGCAUGAGAACGAUGAUGAUCCAGCAACCUUAACAGUUAGUGGAGAUGGAACAUGGCAAAGACGAGGCUUCAAAAGUAUCCAUGGACUAGCUGCUGUUUUAUCGUCCAACACAACACCAAAAGUACUCGAUGUUCAGCGUUUAUCAAAAAAAUGUGCGAUAUGCACUGGUGCAUUGAGUGUCAAAAAUACAGAUCUAAACUUAUAUGACGAAAUUAUCAAUAAUCAUGACUGUGAAUCAAAUUAUGAUGGUUCAUCUGGAGGUAUGGAACCACAAGGUAUUCACGACAUAUUUAAACGUUCGGUUCCAAAGUAUCAAGUUCAGUACACUCGCUAUAUUGGAGAUGGAGAUUCGUCGGUCAUGUGGAAUCUUACUCAACGUCCUCCAUAUCCAGGUAUCGAAAUUGAAAAAAUCGAAGACAUCAAUCAUUGGUCAAAGAAAAUCUUAUAUCGGUUGGAAAAGUUGACUCAAGAGUUGAAAGAUACAAUGCUAGAUCCAGAAAAAAAACGAAAAGGAAUUGGUGGUAUUAAUCGAUUGACCAAGGUUUGUUCUAACUGUUCGUUAAAUAUUUAUGUUUAUUUUAAAACAGGCACAAAAUAUGAUCAGCAGAAACACUCUUUACCAAAAUAUGUUAUGGAAGCUAUUAAACCUGUAUUUGAAGACCUGGCUUCUAAAGAAACUUUACAACAUGUACUUAAUGGAUCCAGCCAAAAUGCUAAUGAGUCAUUUCACUCAUUGUUAUGGUCUAUGGCUCCUAAGAACAGAUAUUGUAGUGGAACUAUUAUUGAUAUCUGCCUUGGGUUGGCUGUUAUGAUCUAUAACGACGGUUACUUAUCUAUCGGUGAAAUACUACACGAACUAUUAGGUGAAAUGGGUCAUUUUUCUUAUGUUGCUUUUGAUCGCAUAAAUAAACAACGUGUACAAAAAGAAGCACAAUGGAGGAAGAGACGAGGACAACAAAUAGCCGGUGAUGAAGAUACUGACAAUGAUGAAGAUAAGAAUGAUGAUACAAUUGAAGAAUAUCACUCUGGCGCCUUUUGA